AUGGCUGGGAAUACCUUCCCUGGCCGGCUUGGAACUCACGUCAACCCUUUUGGUAGCGACGGAAGUGGCAUGGGGCAUGAGCAAGCUAGUUCCGGCACCAUCUCGAAAGUCAUAGAGGAGGAUGAGAAUGAUACCAUCACAUCACCAACUACACCUCAUUUUGGAUUCUCGAAAGGGAUCCCCUCGUUUGGAGCUUCCUUUGGUGGAGAUGCAUCUGCUGGAGAGUUCCCACCAUCUUCCUUUAAACCCGCAAGCGAAGGAUUUCCCGAGCAUUAUGGCAUGGGAAGGCGCACUUCUGUUUCGGCCGAAUCUCUCAACCCAACAGCUUCAUCCAAUGACAACUGGUCUCCACCAUUUCAUCAAAAAACAUCAGAUCAAGUAGCACGCUUGAAGAAAUCGAUUUCUGGAAAUUUCCUAUUUAGUCAUCUCGAUGACGAACAAAGCGCCCAGGUGCUAGGUGCUCUCGUAGAGAAGCCGAUUCCAGCUGUUGGUAUCAAGGUUAUCACCCAGGGUGACCAGGGAGAUUUCUUCUACGUAGUCGAGAAAGGUUCCUUUGACGUAUAUGUCAACCCCACUGGCUCACUGCAGCCAGGCCCCGAUGGCCUCGGGACCAAGGUGGCUACCAUUGAGCCUGGUGGAUCAUUUGGUGAACUCGCCCUCAUGUAUAACGCUCCCAGAGCAGCCACGGUAAUAUCGGCCGAAGCAUCUUGCACUCUCUGGGCUUUAGAUCGCAUCACUUUCCGCCGAAUUCUCAUGGAUUCGACAUUCCAACGCCGUCGUCUCUACGAAAGUUUCCUGGAAGAAGUACCCCUUCUUUCAACCUUGACCCGCUAUGAAAGAUCAAAAAUAGCCGAUGCUUUGGAGACGCAGAAAUACCCUCCUGGAACUUCAAUCAUUACUGAAGGAGAUGCCGGAGAAGCAUUCUACCUUCUUGAGAGUGGGGAAGCCGAAGCAUACAAGCAUGGCGUAGAGAACCCAGUCAAAUUAUAUCACAAGGGAGAUUAUUUCGGCGAGUUGGCGUUAUUGAAUGAUGCUCCUCGAGCCGCCAGUGUUAUUAGCAAAACCGAGGUGAAGGUCGCAACCCUUGGCAAAAACGGCUUUCAAAGGCUGUUGGGACCGGUUGAGAGUAUUAUGCGAAGAACCAAGUAUGAAAGUGUAGAGAGCAUUGACCCACUUCAUCAGGAUUAA